AAUGGGAUCAAAGGAAAUUGAGGCUCCUACUUCUCCCUCUCCGCUCUCCUCCUCCUCAACAAGAUGGUGGUCUAAGGAGACGGUUGCGGUGGUAACUGGAGCAAACAAGGGAAUUGGGUAUGCAUUUGUAAAGAGGCUGGCGGAGUUAGGUCUAACUGUGAUUCUAACUAGUAGAGAUGUGUUGAGAGGACAAAAUGCUAUUGAGUUACUCAGAGCCCAAGGACUCGACAACGUACACUUCUUUCGCCUUGAUGUAACAGACCCUGCUUUAAUCCAUGCUUUUGUUUCAUGGCUGAGAGACAAGUAUGGUGGGCUGGAUAUUCUGGUGAACAAUGCUGGAGUAUCGUUUAAUGAGAUUGGUGAGAACUCUUUGGAGCAUGCCGAGACCGUAAUCAAGACCAACUACUAUGGAACCAAAUUGUUUACAGAGGCCCUUCUACCAUUGUUCCGCCGAUCUUCUUCUCUAAGUCGGAUUCUAAACAUUAGCUCUCAACUCGGACAACUCAAUAAGGUCAAGAAUCCUACUAUAAGAGAAGAAUUAGAAGAUGAAGAGAAGCUAUCAGAGGAAGGAAUUGAGAAUGUAGUAAGAAGGUUUUUUGAGAGUGUAAGGAAGGGGACAUGGAAGGAAGAAGGGUGGCCAAGUAUUUGGACUGACUACUCAGUAUCUAAGAUUGCACUUAAUGCUUAUUCUAGGCUUCUGGCAAAGCGUUACAAGGAGCAUGGCUUAAUCAUAAACUGCUAUUGUCCAGGCUUCACUCGCACAGCCAUGACUCGCGAUAAGGGCAACCACACGGCUGAUGUUGCAGCUGACUUGGGAACUACAUUACUACUCCUCCCACAUCGUAACCUCCCGACUGGAAAAUUCUAUAGUGGGGUUAACCCUGUGCUGAAUUCUAAGUUAUAGGGUGAUGCUCAUC